AUGCUGGUAUUGUUCCUUUUCAUUGUCCUCAACUCGUGUAACUCAUGGAACGUGGUCACUCCAGACGCUUCGCUGGUGAUAUCUAUGGGUGCUGAUAUCGCAAGUUAUCCAAACAGGAAUUGUGGAUGUCCCCGUAAAUUAAAUCACCCGAAUAUAUCACCAUCCUUUAAAGUUAGUGCCGGAAUUAAACUUCUAAACGCUGGUUUAUGUGCUUACUCCCUUGUACUCCUAGCUGGAGACGUCAGCCGAAACCCUGGACCUGCCAAUAUCUCUCAAGAUUCGCAGAAUUUUAGUGACAUUGGUUUUCCAAGUAACCGUGGACUUAAAAUUGCACAUCUAAAUGUAAGAAGCAUAACUAAUAAGAUAGAUUCACUGCGCCUUCUUUUACUUAAUAACCCUUUCGAUGUCCUGACCAUCUCCGAAACCUGGUUAACCAAAAACAUAUCUGAUCCUGAACUAAAUAUUCAAGGUUAUUCUUUUGUCAGAAAUGACCGUAAAAGCAAAAAAAGGUGGUGGGUGCAUGAUUUAUAUUCGUGAUGGCUUACCCUAUCGAGCACGGCCUGACUUGUAAGAUGAGAACACAGAGUCUUGUGUCCUUGAACUCAAUCGGCCGAAAUGUAAAAACAUGCUCAUCUGGUCAAUCUAUCGAGCCCCAGGACGUUGAACUAGUCAGUUUACUCGGUGACUUUAACGUUGACGUCCUUGCCAAAAGAAACACUUCUAGUCACAUUGUGUGUUACCGAUACAUAUCAGCGACCACUCCCUCAUUUACUGCGUUGUCAAGGCUGGUGUAACAAAGAGUCCUGCGAGAACAAUCGAAUAUACUUCCUAUUAACAUUACUCUAAAGAAGCAUUUCUGGAUGAGCUCAGGAACGUAGACUGGAAUAUUGUUGAUGAAAUCCCCGAUAUUAAUACCGCAGUAAACUUUUGGAAUAAGCUGUUCUUAGAUGUUGCAGAACGUCAUGCCCCUACGAACUAGGAUAAAAAGUUGUCAUGUUCCUUGGAUGACAUCCGAGUUGAAAACAUCUAUGCAGGAACGCGACCGCUCUUUCCGUAAAGCUACCAAAACUAAUUCUUCUUCUGACUGGUCCAAAUACAAAAGUUUGAAAUCCCACGUAAAUAGACAAGUCAAAAAGAGUAAAUCGGAAUACUACCUUAAUCUUAUUGAAAUCUCUAAAAAUAAUCCAAAUACUUUCUGGAAAUACUUCAAUGAAAUUACUUCACGUAAAUCGAGCUCGAACAUUUCAUGUAUUGAAGUCGAUGGAACUCCAUCUACCGAACCCAGGCAAAUCUCCGAAAUUCUCAAUAAUCAUUUUUCGACUAUUGGUUUAACACUCGUUAAUGAAUUUCGCUCAGUUACGUCAACAAUCACUGCUGCCGUUUGUAAAGACCAUCUUGAAUCUGGCGUAAUGUUUGCUUUUGAUGUAAUCGAUGAGUGUUUUGUUAAAGCCAAACUAAAAAGUCUUAAAACAAACAAAGCGAUAGGUUUGGACAACAUCAGUGCCAGAUUGCUAAAGGACUCCGCUGACGUUAUCACAACAAGUUUGACUAAACUUUACAACCGCUCACUAGCAACCUCCGUCUUCUCAGCUGUUUGGAAAUGUGGAAAAGUAACUGCAUUAUGCAAAUCCGGCGACCGAUGCAAUGCCAAUAAUUAUAGAUUAAUAACUAUUCUACCAACUGCUAGCAAAAUACUUGAAAGAGCUGUUAAUAGUCAAGUCUAUAGCUAUCUAUUUCGUGAAAAUAUCCUGAUCCCGAAACAAUUUGGAUUCCGCCCAAAACUCUCCACGGCAAUUGCUCUCACCUACUUCACUGACAACAUUCUGGAUAAUUUAGACAAAGGUUCUAUCGCCGGUGCAGUUUUCUUAGAUCUUUCGAAGGCCUUCGACACGGUUAGUCACGAUCUUCUCAUACAGAAACUUGGUACUAUUGGUUUUUCAGAGCCCACAAUCAACUGGUUUUCUUCUUAUCUUUCUAAUCGUUUUCAAGUCACUUCUAUUGGCCUUGAACAGUCGUCCACUCAACCAGUACAUGUCGGAGUACCCCAAAGAAGUAUACUGGGUCCUUUACUGUUUCUCAUUUACGUGAAUGAAAUUCCCGCCACUGUUAACAGCUGUGACAUUUCCCUGUAUGCAGAUGAUACCGUCCUGUUUUGCUCAGUUAAAACCACGAUUGAAUUGGAACAAAAGCUAAACUCUGACCUGCAGAACUUAUCUCGUUGGUUUGGUGCUAACUGUUUAGUUCUUAAUACUUUUAAAUGCAAAUUUAUGGUUUUCGGAGGUAAUGCCAAACUUGCCAAACAACAAAAUAUAAAUCUACUUAUUAAUAAUAGCCCACUAAAUCGUGUUGAAUCAUUUAAGUAUCUUGGUAUAACCUUAAAUCAGACAUUAUCGUGGUCAGAUCAUAUUGAAGCACUCUUUACCAAAGUUAAUCAACGUCUUGGUAUCAUACGAAGAGUUAAGCACCUCCUAACAGUUGUAUCUCGUCGUAUUCUAGUAAACAGCCUUGUCAUGCCGAUUUUGAUUACGCUGAUUUUGUGUGGGGUGAUAAAAACAACUCUGUCCUGAUGAACAACCUUCAAGUUCUGCACAACGAAGCCGCUAAAAUCAUUCUUGACGCUCAUCCACUCUCGUCAGCAUUAGAAUCCCUAGGAUCGUUUAAUUGGCAGCCGUUAACAACACGUAGACACUUUCAUCGUUGUCUAAUCAUGCACAAGGCUUUAAACAAUGACGUCGAUUUUAAAUUGAAUUUCAAGUUCUCCUCUGACAUCCACAGCUAUAACACUCGAAACAAACAGAACAUACAUUUGGAACGCGUGAAGAAGAACUAGGGGAAGCAGGCAUUCAGCUAGCAUGCUGCCAACGACUGGAAUAGUCUGCCUGUGGAACUCCAGAAUAUACGUCAAAUUAAAACUUUUAAAACUAAACUAAAGAAACAUUUAGCUAUAUAGCCAUAGGACACCCCACCGAACUGAUAGGAUGCGCAAGAACUUUAUACAAUUUAACCUUUCAUAUAUUCACUUUUGUUAGUUUUAUAUUUUUAUUCUUUUAUUUUAUUUUUUUAAAUUUUUCUUUUAUCAGGGCUUCACUGAAAAUCACUUUCGUGAGUGGACCCCCUGAUUAAAUAUUGUAAUUAUUAUUAUUAUUAUAAAAUAUUGACAUUACCAUGUACUGUACCAAUGAUACUGAGCAGGAUUGCAAAAAACAAUUACUCUGUACUUUAGAGACUGAUUAAGUGUUAAUUGGGAUAAACGCUAUAGGCUUAUAUUGGGCUAACAGUAUGUUAAUUGGGUUGUGUAAGUUCAAAAUCACUCUAUAUAGGUUCUACAGGGUGUAUUGGAAAACAGUAGACAAUUUUGAAACGGCUGUCAAUUUUGAAAUCCGUAGCUGCCAUGACAUUUUUGAUAAAUAUAGAUUGUUUUGGUUCUUGUAAUGUAGAAUAAACAAAACAUUUUCGUUAAGAUUAAUUUUCCAGAGUAGGGAAGAUGCCUUUUUUUGUCAGCUUUAAAAAUAGCUGCGCGUGAAAUUUAAAAGGUUAAAACGCGUUUUGAUUUUUUGGACAAGAAAUUAGUUACGUGUUUUAUGAAUUGUUCAAAUAUCAGAAAAUUUGUUCAAUCGUACGUCCUUCAAAUAGCAACUGAAACUUUAAUUAUUUGGCUCCAAUGCCUUCCAAGUGUGUUUAAUUCAUACAUGCAUUUAUCUAAUUUGCAUAUUGCUAUUGUAAAAGAAGUAAAUAACAAUAUGCAAAUUAGGGAAAGGCAUGCAUAUAAGCAUGUGUGCUUGGUAUUGAUGCCAAAAAUGAAAGUUGCAGGAGCUAUUUAAAUGACUUAAAACUGAGAAAAAGUUCUGAUAUUUGGAUCAUUAAUUAAUAAAGCACAUAACCAUUUUCUCGCCGAUGAACUAAAAAUGCGUUUUAACCUUUGAAAUUUCGCACGCAAGCCAAUUUUAAUGCACCUAAAAAAGACACCACCUACUCAGGAAAAUUUAUCUUUCCAAAACUUUUGUUUAAUUCUAAAUUUACCCAAACAAUCAAUAUUUAUCAAAAAUUUCAUGACAUGAACGGGUUUGUGAAAUUGAGAUUCGUUUCGAAAUGUAUUACCUAAUAAACACAAGAUUUCUAAUAUCUGAAAAAUGCAGUGCCAAAUUUAGAGUGAUAGGGUUAUUUUUUUAAAAUACAUAAAUUCGAGCAAGUUGCUUCUGCUAAAAUAUACGUAAUAUGUGGUUUAGAACAUACUGUACUUAACAAUUGUUUUAAAACAGUAAUCAGACAUCACUGCAGUAGUAUAGGAACUGAGGUUUCUAGACCAUUGCCAUUUUUCUAGACCAUCAGUUUUUUAUCUUUAUUGAAAAGUAUUUAUUUUUAUUAUAUUAAAAUUAAUGGUUGGUACAUUUAUUAGAAUGUGAAACUGCUAUUAUUGUUUUUCAUUUAACUUAUCUCAGCUGAGACUCUAAUAUGAUUAUCCUACACUUUCCCAAUAUCGUCCAACCUUCCUAUUCCAAAGACUUUUCGACAACUUUUAUUCUCUCCUUGGGGGUACACAAGGCAGGGGGCCCUUCCUGCUUAUUUACGCUUUAGGAUUAUUACUUUCUACUCUGUGGGAACUUCUCAGUCACUAUUUUUUAUGUUCUUGUUACCAUAAGCAUAACUGGUAACUCCAUCCUCCAAAAGAUACCUUUUAUCAUCAAAGCAACUCAGAGUAACCUUCUUCAAUUCGUAAGUUCCAAUUGUAUGCUUUACGCUUCUGAUUGUAUUCAUAUUAUGUCUCAUCCUACCUUUCGUAUUAAUUACAUUCUUAAAGUUCUCGUGAGUGAGCUUGUUUCUGAUGACAUACUUUUUAACUCCUUUAGCAGUCAUUCCACCUCCACCGUUUUCCUUUACAUAG